UUAGUGAUCUGAAUUUUUUUAAAAAAAUAUAUAUAUUUGCUUCCAAAUGAUAAAAACUAAGAUAUGGUCAGAAACCCAAAAAACUAACCCAUAAAUGUGAAUGCAAUUCCCUUUUCGAACUACCAAAAGUUGGUAGCAGAAACUGCCCACAGUUUUUGUAACAUUAUUUGAGUUCAUGUCUCUUAUAUUAAUGGCUUCUUGCUAAACCAUUCCCAGUUUCCAACAAAAGCUUCAUUUCCUUCAGCCUCCAACUAACCAAUCUUUCCUUUCUGCAAGACAUGAAAUCCUCUGUUUCUUCUCCACCCAUCAUUCUUCUUUGUAUUCUUCUUCUUUCUACUUCCCUACCCCUGCUCCAAUCUUCUGAUCUCAUACAGCAAAUAUGCAAGAAAACACCCUUUUAUGACCUCUGCGUCUCCUCUCUCACCCCUCAGAACCCCAUCACAGAUGUCAAAGCUCUGGCCUCUACAAUCACUACUCUUGUUCUCUCCAAUGCAACUGAUACCUUGAGCUAUAUCCAAGAGCUUAUCAAGCAAGGAGCAGAUACCCAGCUGCAGAAACCUUUGGCCAAUUGUGCUGAAUUGUAUAUUCCAGUUGUUAAGUAUAAUCUUCCUCAAGCCAUCGAUGCUUUGCUAAGAGGUCAGUUUGGAUUCACCAGCUACUUAUUAUCGGAUGCAGGCAAACAAGCUAAGGACUGUGAAAAGAACUUCUCUGGCUCAGAUCAGUCCCCCUUAACAGAAAGGAACAAGCUCGUCAGCAAUCUCUGUGACGUUGCUGUGGCCAUUCUGAAGUUAUUGCAGAAGGGUUGAUUCUUGUAUUUUGUUAUUUUGCAGGACUUUAUAAGUAAUUAAUUAAACUACAUCUUCUCCAUGCCUCUGCCUAAGAUGUUGUACUUGGAGCAGUAGUUUCAAACAAUUUCGCAUCUUUAAGGUUUAUUAUCUUCUCAACUUAGCAUAUUCUUGUAAUUGGAUUCCAGAAGUGCAUUUUUACUGCUAAGAAUUUAAGACUCUGUUUAUUUGAA